CAGUGGUGAUUAGUUAUUGGGAACAGAAGUGAUCAGUGAUUGUUGGGAGCAGUGGUGAUUAGUUAUUGGAAACUGGUGAGCAGUGAUUGGUCAUUGGGAACAGUGGUGAUCAGUGAUUGGUCAUUUUUGAACAGCGGUGAUCAGUGAUUGUUGGGAGCAGUGGUGAUUUAGUUAUUGGGAACAGUGGUGAUCAGUGAUUGGUCAUUUUUGAACAGUGGUGAUCAGUGAUUGUUGGUAACAGUGGUGAUCAGUGAUUGGUCAUUUUUGAACAGCGGUGAUCAGUGAUUGUUGGGAGCAGUGGUGAUUUAGUUAUUGGGAACAGUGGUGAUCAGUGAUUGGUCAUGUUUGAACAGUGGUGAUCAGUGAUUGUUGGGAACAGUGGUGAUAGGCUAAGUGGUGGCUAAGGGGUGAUUAGUGCUUUCAAAAAGUCCAACAAGUAUUCUAGUAUUUUCCCAACUUAAAUAAGCAGAGACUAAAGAUUUUGGCUUGUGCAUUUAUCAUGCAGUAAUGACACACUCUUCCUGUUACACCUAAAACACAUUCUGUCCAGUUCUGCACUGUAGAUACUUCUAUCCUUCUGUCCUAAUGCCAUUAGAAAGAUGGAGCUGAUAUCAGGUUCUUCUCUGCCAGAUUCUCGGAGGUGUGGAUGAGAGUGAUGCAGGUUCAUUGAGUGUGCGUUCCAUCACUUCAGCCCUGCUAAUGCGAGCGGAGCUCUGGUUUCAUCUAAGAGAUGACCUCAUGCACACUUCUCGGCACUUCCUGUCUGGGGCGCCCAUUACCGCUGACGCCGUUUGUCGAGGCGGAUCGUAAACAGUGAAAGCCUGCGAUCGAAUUCACGGUCUUCGCCUGGAGUUUAGGCUUUGCUGAAUCGGUUAAGCGGGUGCACCUCUAACUCAAAAGUGCCACUGUAGCUAUAGUGUAAUUUAAGGGAUAGCAUAAGCGGUUGCUGGCUAACCGGCUGAUUAAGAAAAGGUAACGGAUGUUUUUGAGAUAUUACACAUGCAGUUCACAUGUGAUUAAAUAUCCUAAAGGGGAAAUUUCAAACAGAUAGAACUGAUCAAGCAAUUUUGUCAGUUACCGAUUUGACAAUAAUACCUAAAUACGUGCGGAAAUGUGUAAUAUAAGCAAAGGCGGUGUAGCGGUAGGAGCUAUUGUAUCUGUGUGUAGGGAAGGAGAUGAAGUCAGUUGGGUGGUACCACAGGAAGUGACGUGACAGCUUUUCUGUAAAUCCGUUGAGUAAUCCAUAACUGAACGUUCCAUUCCACACGAUAAGCGAAGGGUCUGUUGCGCUUCACUUAUGAGGGGAAAAUUGGCUAAAUAUGCCGCCUGGUCGCUCCACUGAUCUGUUUAAGGAGUAGACAUAGUUCACAGUUCGAAACCUGAAUGGGAGAAUCGAGAGUCCAGUCAAGAGCACUUGGAGGAAAGGGGGCGGGGCUUUCAAACGGUGCCAGUUAAUACUCGUUAUGAUCUAUUUAACAGUUUUAUUUAGGAUUAGGAGAAGAAGAGAAGUUCGAGACUUCUUGGUGUACUGACGAGCAGGCAACUAAAUAUCGAUGGGUUUUCUUUUUAAAUGCGUUACGACGCACGAGAAAGCAUUUUACCGUAAUAUGGAAAUCUAAUAUCCAGACAUGACUGCAGGUUUGUUUUUGUUUUCCUCACCGUGUAGUCGCGUGUUAAUCACGCAUCCGGAAACGGUAGCGUUUUAACGGGUGCUCGAGUUUCCUGUAAGAUCGCAGCCCCACAUCGACGUGAUUUUUUUUUUUUUUAGAGCGUGCUCUCGGGAGCCGAAAGAAGAAUCCGUCCCCUCGUCUCGGGUUCUCGGCGCUCUCGGAUAAAGACGCGGUUUAUACGCCGUAAAGCUGUUUUAUCGGGUCGCCCGUGUCGGGUGUCGCAGGAAGAUGCUGCCGUUCCUCCUCUCGACAUUUCACAGAGCGCAGAGCUGCUUUCGUCGUUUGCCAUCUGUUCAGAUGUCUGUGAAUACACGCUGUCCUCAACGGCAGUCUUAAGAAGACGCUGGGAAAACGUCAUUUCUCCGCCGCUCUUUCUCCAGCGCAGGACGGAGUUUUACUCACCUGUCUGCUUUCUUCGCUCCUCCUCGUGAUCACCGCCUCUUGUUAAAAUAGGAACGCUCGGUGCUUGUGAAUUUACAGCACGCGUCACGCGGACCGAAGAAAAAUAUCCCGUGUCCGUGGAGCCGAGACGAGGCCUUACUACGAUUGGCUGAGACCGACAAGACCAUGGUUUAGUGUUUGUAGUUAACCAGUAUAAACUAGUACAACAUGCUAAUCUAAGCCGGUUUUCUGUCACCAGACGCGGCCGUGCCUUCUGCUCUCCCUCACGCCUGCUUUCCUUACACUUGUAAUCUUUUCCGCCUUGUCCAUCUGUGCGCGUGUAUUAUUCUGCUUUAGUUAUGAAAUAAACUCGUCUCGUAUCUUUUUGCUUCCCUAACUGUUAUGUAUUCCGUCAAAUAAACCAGGACCAAACGGCCGGAAAAGCUGAGGUGUAAGCAGGAUGUUUGGGCGAGUCGUGUUCUGCCGUGCCUCACCGUCCUUCCCAACAGCUCAGGCAGAGGAAGCUAAUUUAGGAUCCUCCGAGGAAAAUCAUGCUUAUCGACACUUUUUUUUUUUUCUUUUUAGAAAGCAGGGCUGAGAAAGAGAGAGAGAGAGAGAGAGAGGGUGAGGAAGGGUAUAAUGUGAUGGAGGAUUCCAGAGGCCAAGUCGGGCAGAAGAGUCUGUACAAGUGAUGACGUGAAGGUGUGUUUUGGGAUGGAUGGACAGAUGGAGAAACAGACAGACGUGCAGACAGAUCAGAACAGGAUGUCUACACCAAGUAUCUGCUUAUAUGUGUGACUUUGAGGCCACGACGUGGACCACGAGGACCUUAACUGAUCAGGUUGACCAACUUGUCUCGUCACUUCCUUUCUUGACUCGGUGGUUUGUCGCGGAACCUUUAACAGAUUGGACAGAAAAUGACAUCAGGACAGUUCCUGGAGCUUGUCCUAUCCGUUGGUUCUGAUGUUUCAUGAAGCUGCUGAAUAUGGCUGAACUCUGAGGAUCUACAUUUGCACUAGCAGCCCUCUGAAUGGGGGUUCAGUAAGUCCCCAUGUCUCUGUCUGAGUGAAUGUUCCCUUUCAAAUGCUGUGAGGUCAAAGGAAAAAGCGGAGGCCACUUGGUGUUGUGGACGCCGCCUGUAGAGACAGUAGAGGACUAAGAGGGUUUGUUGGCCCUCGUCGGGUCACAUCCCAGUUCUCUCCUCACUUCCCUCAGGCCGUUUAGGCCUUUCUUUCUUCAUCCCGUUGUUCACCCAGCUUCCACCAUUCGCCCCUCGCUGGCCACAGCUGUCCUCCCUCCCCGUUCCCGCCCCCAUCAGCCCAUCCCUUCUCCUCACCCUACCCCAAGCCACCCCACCCCUCACCCCUCCAUGGCCACCAGCACAGCGCGAGAGCACCUUCUGGUGGUGCGGAGGCGCAGCCCGCACAUGCGAUACACACUGGGACCGGAAAACCUGCGCAGUAAUGGCAGCGGUGGAACAUCCAGAGGAGGUGCUGCAACCGAGAUGAUGGGCCUACAACGGGCCAACAGUGAUACGGAUCUGGUCACGUCAGACAGCCGCUCCUCCCUUACUGCCUCCACCUAUCAGUUCACCUUGGGAAGAGGACAGAACCUCGUCAUCUCCUGGGACAUCAAGGAGGAGGUGGAUGCCACAGACUGGAUCGGGCUCUACCACAUUGACGAGACGUGUCUGGCUAACGUGUGGGACUCAAAGAACCGCGGCGUCAAUGGCACACAGAGGGGACAGAUCGUCUGGAGACUGGAGCCCGGGCCGUAUUUCAUGGAGCCGGAGACCAAAAUCUGCUUCAAAUAUUACCACGGAGUGAGUGGAGCCUUAAGAGCGAUGACGCCCUGCAUCACUGUAAAGAACCCUGGUGUCCUGGCUGGACCAGGACAAGUGGACGGCCAGUCUGUGACGGAACAUUGUCGGAAACUCGUCAGCUUCACGUUAUCAGAUAUCAGAGCUCAGGGCCUAAAGAAAGGCAUGUUCUUCAAUCCGGACCCGUAUCUGAAGAUGAGCAUCCAGCCUGGAAAACGCAGCGGCUUCCCUGCCUUCACACACCACGGCCAAGAGAGACGAGCCUCCAUCAUCUCCAACACCACCAACCCUGUGUGGCACGGAGAGAAGUACACCUUCGUCGCGCUCAUGACGGAUGUUCUGGAGAUCGUGGUGAAGGACAAAUUUGCAAAGAGUCGGCCAAUCAUCAAGCGCUUUUUGGGUCAGCUGACGAUACCUGUGCAGAGGCUUCUGGAGAGGCAUGCAGCAGGGGAUCAGCCUGUAAGCUAUACUUUGUGUCGCCGUUUGCCUACGGACCACGUGAGCGGUCAACUUCAGUUCAGAGUGGAGAUCACAUCUACUGGACACGAGGAUGUUAUGGGCUCGCUCUUGGGUGCCUCAUCUGUGAACGGAGACCCAGGCAGCCCUUCUGAUGACGAGGACGUGGUCCCUCCAUCCUCCCGCAUCCCCAGGGCUGCGUCUCCAACCGGCUCUGAGGGAUCUCUCCACAACGAGGCCUUUAGGACUGACGAAGGUCCGUCGGAAGUUGAGGAAGAGCGCAGUCAUAGGGAUGUAGUCGUCAGUUCGGGACACGCCCAAAGGCAGACCUCUCGCAACGAUUAUCUGGACACCAUCGAGGCUCCGGAUGGCCCCGGAGAUCGGCCCCUGGGAGCGGCGUCGCCCAAACUGCGGUCCAGCUUCCCCACUGACACGCGGCUCAACGCCAUGCUGCACAUCGACUCAGAUGAUGAUGAGGAAGCACACGUCUGUCAGGGGAUGGCCAACGGAGUAGCGUCUGAACAGGAGCAGAGGGAGGGGUCUAAAACAGAAGGGGAGGGGAGUCCCACCAGUAGUGAAGAAGCAGCAGCAUCACAGUCGAGUCGCAGCACUGCGAAGAGCCAAAAUGGUGGAGCGGAAGUGAGCCAAGAGGGAGCGGCUAGUGCAUCAGCCCUGCCCCUGCCCCAGCCCCGGCCUGCAUCCCUGAAUCCACCAGCUCAAGAUAAAGAUGCAGCCAAAGAGGGCGUGAGCGAGGAGGUCAUUGUAGCGAACGAAGCCUCCGUUUCCGAAGCCUCCUCUGGUGUAACUAGCGCAGUGGGCGGAGCUUCCGCAGCUGGCCAAUCAGAGCCCGGUGUCUCUCAGGAACAGCCUAACGAAGCCAACGGGCAGGAGGAGGGCGAGGUGUGGAGGAGAAGGCAGAGCUUGCUAGCGUCAGUGGAGGAGUCACAGGCAGAGGGGGCGGAGUCAUCAGGACGACGGAGAACUGAUUCGGCGGAAACGGACGGCGAGUCGGGAGCCAGCGCUCAGGUGAACGGUCAUCAGACUGCACGCUCUCUUCCAGCCGUACGUCACGACAUCAGCCGCUACCAGAGAGUGGACGAACCGCUGCCACCAAACUGGGAGGCCCGCAUCGACAGCCACGGGAGAAUCUUUUACGUAGAUCACGUGAAUAGGACCACCACCUGGCAGCGACCCACAGCUCCGGCUGCUCCUCAGGUCCUGCAGAGAUCCAAUUCCAUCCAGCAGAUGGAGCAGUUGAACCGACGGUAUCAGAGUAUCCGGAGAACAAUGACCAACGAGCGCACAGAGGAGCAGGCGGCUGAGAUGCCCUCGGAGGACACAGACCUGAUGCAGCACACCAUUCCUGAGUACCGCAGGGACGUAGCGGUAGGAGCUGCUAACUAUUGCUCACGCCUCUCGUUGCUGCUCCAGUCACCCAGCGCCAAAUUUCUCACCAGCCCCGACUUCUUCGGCGUGCUCCACUCCAACCCCAGUGCCUACCGCAUGUUUACGAGUAACACGUGUCUGAAGCACAUGAUCAGCAAGGUGCGGCGUGACACGCAUCACUUCGAACGCUACCAGCACAACCGCGACCUGGUGACCUUCCUCAACUUGUUCGCCAACAAGCAGCUGGAGCUGCCGCGCGGCUGGGAAAUGAAACACGACCACACCGGCAAGCCGUUUUUCGUGGACCACAACUGCCGCGCCACCACCUUCAUAGACCCGCGGUUGCCUCUGCAAAGCGCUCGGCCCAGCGGCCUGCUCGCCCACCGCCAGCACCUGAGCCGCCAGCGCAGCCACAGUGCUGGAGAGGUGGGUGAUGAGCCACGUCACGCCGGGCCCCCUGUCCUACCCCGGCCGUCUAACACCUUCAGCGCUGCCGGUCGCAAUCAGUGCCAGGAUCUCGUACCUGUCGCCUACAACGAUAAGAUUGUGGCCUUUUUAAGGCAGCCGAACAUCUUUGAGAUCCUGCAGGAGAGACAGCCCGAGUUCAAUAGGAAUCACUCACUCAGGGAGAAGGUGCAGUUUAUCCGAAACGAGGGCACGGCCGGCUUGGUGCGUCUCUCCAGCGAUGCAGAUUUGGUCAUUUUGCUGAGCCUGUUUGAAGAGGAAGUGAUGUCGUACGUGCCCCCCCAUGCCUUAUUACACCCCAGCUACUGUCAGUCUCCACGGGGUUCUCCGGUUUCCUCCCCGCAGAACUCGCCUGGCACACAACGAGCCAACGCACGCGCUCCUGCGCCGUACAAGCGAGACUUCGAGGCCAAACUCCGCAAUUUCUACCGCAAGCUCGAGACCAAGGGCUACGGCCAGGGGCCGGGGAAAGUCAAACUGAUCAUGCGCCGAGACCACUUGCUGGAAGACGCGUUCAACCAGAUCAUGUGCUACUCCAGGAAGGACUUGCAGCGAAGUAAACUUUACGUCAGCUUUGUCGGAGAGGAGGGGCUGGAUUACAGCGGCCCUUCCAGAGAGUUCUUUUUCCUGGUGUCGCGCGAGCUCUUUAACCCCUACUACGGCCUGUUCGAGUACUCGGCCAACGACACCUACACUGUCCAGAUCAGCCCCAUGUCCGCCUUCGUCGACAAUCAUCAUGAAUGGUUUCGAUUCAGUGGCCGCAUCCUCGGCCUGGCUCUUAUCCAUCAGUACCUGCUCGAUGCCUUUUUCACGCGACCUUUCUACAAGGGUCUACUGCGCAUUCCAUGCGAUCUCAGUGAUUUAGAGUACCUGGACGAGGAAUUUCACCAGAGCUUGCAGUGGAUGAAGGACAACGACAUCGAGGACAUGCUGGACCUCACGUUCACCGUUAACGAGGAAGUGUUCGGACAGAUCACCGAGCGAGAGCUGAAGCCUGGCGGCGCCAACAUCCCUGUUUCAGAGAAGAACAAGAAGGAGUACAUCGAGCGCAUGGUGAAGUGGCGGAUCGAGAGAGGGGUUGUUCAGCAGACCGAGAGCUUGGUGCGAGGCUUCUACGAGGUGGUAGACGCUCGGCUCGUGUCCGUGUUCGACGCCCGGGAGCUGGAGCUGGUGAUCGCUGGCACGGCAGAGAUCGAUCUGAGUGACUGGAGGAACAACACUGAAUAUCGAGGAGGUUACCAUGACAACCACAUUGUAAUCCGCUGGUUCUGGGCAGCGGUGGAGAGAUUCAAUAAUGAACAGAGGCUGAGGUUGCUUCAGUUUGUAACGGGGACCUCCAGCAUUCCCUACGAAGGUUUCGCCUCACUCAGGGGUAGCAACGGCCCUCGCCGCUUCUGCGUGGAGAAGUGGGGCAAGAUCUCAUCAUUACCCAGGGCUCACACGUGCUUUAAUCGUCUCGACCUGCCGCCGUACCCCUCGUUCUCCAUGCUGUACGAGAAGAUGCUGACCGCGGUAGAGGAGACCAGCACUUUCGGUUUGGAGUGAACUUUGACCCCCCCACCCCCGGCGUCUGCGCGAUUCUUCAGGAGCUGUCAGCUAAACGCGUUUUGUUUUUUCUUAUCCGUUUCCGUGCACCAAUCAGCGACGAGCAGAGCGAAUCCUCACAGGCAGUUGGGAGCGAGAGCAGAGCGCGCACCUGGGAUUAAAAUGAUCGGGUUGGACGGGAAGACCAGAAAGGUCGUCGGUUCAAAUCUCAAGACGGCAGCAGUCGAGAGUCCUUUUUGAAUGCUUUUUUUGUCUGGGAAAACGCCGUAAACGCUCGGACGUCGUCUCGGGAAUCCGACUUUUCACCCUUUUGUUACCCAAGAGACCCUUCUGCAAAAAAAACUUUUUAUAAUCAGCCACAACGAUGACACAUUUCCAUAUAUAUAUAUAUAUAUAUAUAUAUCAGCGCUUUCUUAUAUCAACACACACACGCGCGCUCAAUCUCAAUGCACCGUUUGAAAUGUAUACACAUGAACAUAUUUCGAUAUUGUUAAAUAUGUUUAUACGUGCUCUGUGCUGCCUCCUACGGGGCAGAGUGCGGUAAAUCUCGAGACACGAACCUCUCGGGUUUCCUCGAGUAUAUGUGUUGCACAGAGAAACGGAGUAGGAACAUGCGUCCGAUCCUGCUCCGUCUGACCGAAUCUGAAGGAGGAGUCAAAUCAGACUUCGACGAGCGAGUUCCUACGGAUUCUUCUCUACACUGCCGUCGUACGCUCGCAGUUCUAUCCGAAUGUUUUUUUGCGGGGGGGGGUAAAACACAGUCGUCUGUAAAAAUCGGCUGGAACGAAUUAUCAUCAUCAUCAUCAUCAUCAUCGGUUCAAUCCAGUCCAGGCUUUUCUCAUACUAUUCUAUUGAUUUAUGCUAUUUCAGUUGCACUGAAUGUACCAAAGGUUCAGGGAUUGGCGUGGGCCGUCCUGAAAUUCCUUACACCCCACCCCAGCCCCCCACCCCUCCUUCCUUGACUUCUUUUUCAUAGUGCUCUUGUCAGUUUUUGCACUCAUCUGAAAGUAAAAAGAAAACGUUGAUUACGUUGUGGCUUCCGUGUGUCUUAUUUUCCCAAACCGAAACAGGACGAAGGCUUCGAGGAUUCGGACCGAGACCACUUUGCCGGACGUCUCACGAUGGGACUCGGAAGCACGAGUCGACACUUGACUUAGAAACCACCGACAACCCUAUUUUUUUUUCUUUCCUAAAUUCUAUUUAUUACCCACAGUGUGCUCAUCCCAUAAAAACGUAAACGAGUCUAAUUUAUAUCCGCGUCCACGGGUCUGCCAAGCGUUUAAACACAAACCAGAAGUGCAAAGCUGAAAUACCUGAGAUUUAACCAUUCUAUAAUGCAUACAAAUGUCUUAAAGUGUAUUUAAUUUCUCUCAUUUGACCUCUACCUGU